AUGAGUGGUGGUUUAACCUAUUUUAAGGAAGAUUUACCUGUCUAUUCCGAUUUGAUAUCAACCAUAAAUGAUCAACUAUAAUCUAUUGAUAAUCUACAUGUUAUCACAUGUACAACUGAAAAUAAAAAUAAUAUUGCCUAAUAUUUAAGAGCUAAAAAUGCAACAAUGACUAAAUAUUUAAUUCAUUUAAAUAUGUACCUAUUACAUAAACUGAAUUAUGGAAAUUUAGAUGAGUUUCCUGUUGAUUAGAUGAUUGAAGAUAAAAUUUUAUUACAGAAAAUAAUUUAAGCUUAAAAAAAAUUAUAAUAUUCGAUUGAUAAAUUAUCAAAAUAUUAAGAAAAUCAAAUUAAUGAAGAAGAAUAAGUAAUGGAUUAAGUUGAGAAAUUAACAUUAAAACCCAGAAUAGAGAAUCUUCAUAAAGAUGAAACAAAUGAUAAAAGUAGUAAUCCAAAUUAAAAAUAUGUACCACCUAAGCUUGCAGCAACUCUUUCAAAAAGUGAUUUAAAUAAAUAGAAAUAAGAAAGAAGAGAAGAACAAAAAAAAAUAUAAUAAAAAGCUAAAUUGAUAAAAAGUAUAUUGGAUGACUAAGAGGUAUAUUAAUAUGAAAUAUAUUAAAUUUAGACAGAUAAACCAAAAGAAAUGACCGAAAGAGAUUUAUAAUAAUUAUAUUAUGGAAGAGCUGAAGAUGAAAAAUAAAUAGAAAAAAGAAGAUAUGAAGAAGAUCAUAUGACAAGAUUACCUACAACUAGGGAUGAGAAGAGAAGAGAAAGAAUAGCUGAGAGAAAGGCUAAUGUUACAAGAUUAGAUGAUUUUUAAGAAUUUGAAACAAUUAAUAAAGUUUUGAAUAAAGGAAUAAAAAAGAUAAAGAAACCUUAGGUCUCUAGACUAAAGGGAAGUAUGAAAAAAAUAAUAAAAAGAAAAAGAAGAUGA